GCGCCGGGAAUGGCAGCGGCUGACGGGUCGGCACGAGACCAGGAUUUAAUGCAAUAAUUCCACAUGUUUCGUUUAUUCUAAUGGACUGCGCUUUGAGGAAAUGUUCACAUAUCUUUAUAUGUCCCCUUUCAGCACUUUCGUUUCGGUCCGGGAUCUCUCUAAUGUCUAAACACAAAGCUUUUAUUUGAGAAGACACUGAAGAGUCGCGUAAACGCGAAAGAAACACCGUUGUCCGUCUCUGUUUGGGAGGGACAGUGAUUUGUUCGUUCUCGCUACUUUUGGUUUAUUAUUGUGGCUGAAGAAUGUCUUCUGCACAGAUGAAUUAUAUCGCUCCUUGGUGGAGUUACUGGCUUAAUCAGUUUCCUCAUGUGAAUUUGAGGUUUCAGCCCGUGGAUCACACGUUUAAACCUCAAGAGGAGAACUACCAGCAGUCGCUCAUAUUUUUGGGCUGUGUAGCAGCGGCUGGGCUUGGUGUAAACCUGCUGUGCCUAGCGAUCUACCUGAGCUGCCUUUGCUGCUGUCGGAAGGAUGAAGAGGAAGAGGAGAGUAAGAAGUCCAACUCUUGCUGUGUCACUUGGGCUGCUGUUGCUGCAGGGCUGAUCUGCUGUGUUGCCGUGGGAGUGGGUUUCUAUGGAAACAGUGAAACCAAUGAUGGGGUAUACCAGCUGACCUAUUCCCUCUAUAAUGCCAACAACACGCUAGCAGGAGUGGACAGUUUGGUGACGGGUACUAUGGGAGGUAUGCAGCGUGGUCUAAAAGAGCGCUUGUCUCGCUUGGAUGAACUCUUUGCCACACGGGGAGACUUUGUACAGACGCUGCACUUCAUGCAACAGAUGUCAGAUAACAUCAUUAAACAGCUGCUGGGGCUUCCUGAUUGGGAUAAGGCUAAAGUAAACUUGGUCUCCAUCGCUGAACAGACAGCAUAUGUAGAGUAUUACAGGUGGUUGACAUACCUGCUGAUUCUGAUCUUGGAUCUGGUCAUCUGUCUGGCUGCUUGUCUCGGUCUGGCUAAACAAUCCCGCUGGCUGCUUACCACGAUGAUGGUGUUUGGGGUUCUGACUCUGAUCCUGAGCUGGGCAUCUCUUGGAGCUGAUAUGGCCACUGCAGUGGGCACAAGUGAUUUCUGUGUUGCACCCGACAAAUUUCUGAUGAACCUAACAAAAGAUAUAAUUAGCUCAGAUAUCAUGCACUAUUACCUGUACUGCAGCCAGACCCUUCCCAACCCAUUUCAGCAGUUUGUCUUGCAGUCCCUGACUGUCUUCCAGAGAUCGUUGACUACCAUGCAGAUCCAGAUUCAGGGGCUGCUGCAGUUUGCUGUACCUCUCUUCCCCACAGCUAAAGGGGAUUUAUUGAAUAUUCAGUAUCUAUUGAAUAAUUCUGAGGCCAGUUUACACCAGCUCACUGCCUUGCUAGAUUGCAGGGGACUCAAUAAGGACUACCUGGACGCUCUGAUUGGUGUGUGUUAUGAUGGUGUGGAGGGGUUACUGUACCUCUGCUUGUUUUCUCUUCUGGCGGCCUGUGCUUUCUCCGUAAUGCUGUGUACCAUCCCAAGAGCAUGGAGGCAAAUCGCCAACAGAGAAAGGAAUUAUGAUGACAUGGAUGAUGGUGACCCGUUUAACCCUCAGAGUAGGCGGAUGAUGUCACAUCACCCGCACCAGGGCAACAUGCACAGCUUCUGCAGUUAUAGUAGCAGUAUGGGAAGCCAAACUAGUCUGCACCCUCCCACACAGACUGUGACCAAUGCACCCCUCUCAGAGUAUAUGAACCAGUCUGUGCUGUUUGGUGGGAACCCACGAUUUGAGAACGUUCCUCUGAUCGGGAGAGGGUCUCCUCCUCCAUCGUACUCUCCAACCAUGAGAGCCACCUACCUCUGCAUGACUGAAGACCAGAUCAGACACUUUGGGGAGGAUUUCCGGGCAUAGAAAUGAUCUCCUUUCCUCUGUCCUGUAUAUUUCCCCCUGGUGUGAUUUUUCUUGUUUACAUUGGGAAUAAGGACACAAUGAGAACUGUCACGCCAGCAUGUGUGUGCACCCUUCUGUGUGUGUUUCUGUAACUCAGCAGGCCAGAGGAGAAUGUCAUUCUAAGAACUUGUGUGUUUGUUUCUGCCAGGGUGCUUGCAUGUAUGUGUGUGUUUGUCAAUAAUUCUGAUGGUGCAAUGCAUCUGUUUCCUCACUACUGACAUAUAGGUGAGGUGCUGAAAUAUCCUUUCUGUAACUAGUUUUACUUGUGAUUUCAUCUAAAAGACAAAUAGUCUUCCCUAUUGCCUUUUUGAAAAUGCAGAAGCUGAUCAUGAGGGUAACAGAAUUCUUUUGCAUAGAACAGUGUUUCUGACCGGAGUACUUAACCUUAAAAAGGUUGCCCAUGUGUCAUAUUAAACAUCAUGUACAUGUAAAUACAUUGGACAAAUUGCAGACACUGGUUGAAGUAUUAAUAUUCGGUACAUUGGACAUUUAGUCCUACUGAUCUCAUGAAAAAUGUUUGAUGGUGGCAACAUUUUUGCAAAAUGAUAUUUUGUGGUUCCUUAUCGCAUGUCGUGGCGGUUCCGAGGUGAAAUAUCCACUGACUGGUGCUAAAAGCAAGUACAAUUUUCUCCCAAACGAAGAGGUUGUUAUGGUGAAUGAAUGCUCUAUUGAGUUUUAAAUCAACAAUGAUGACAUCCCGCUACCGUAAACCUAACAAAUAAUGUCAUAAAAGCAAAUGUGACAAAAUCCAAAAAAUGGUGCUUCUAUGAAACUUUUGGCUUCUGUGUCAACUUUCGUGCUCUCCAGGACUCGUAUCCUGGUCCUUUGCAUCACAAAUGCAACACUCCAUCAGUGUUUGAACAAGCUUGCACUGUAAAUGUAGUUGAAUAUGAAAUGCAAAUGUUAAAAUGAAUCUGCUUACAAGUCAUGUCCUAUCAGCCUUAUUCACACUAGCGCCAUCUUUGAUUUUUAAUGGGAAUGGCAAUGAGGCUGUGAGGGAUAGACUUACCAUCUCUUCAAUGGCGCACACACAGUAUAAAAGCUCCAUGAUCACAUCUGAUUUUCCACAACUCAUGUUGACUGGUGUUUUUUUGUCUACUGAAUGUCCAUAGAAAGAUAUUUGUCAAUGUUUUGUUCACAGAACAAUCCAGAAAUACUUUAAACUGCAGUACAGUUAAUUGAAGAGAUUGAAAAUCUAUCACUCACAGCCUCGUUCUUAUUCCUAUUAAAAAUCAAAGAUGGCGCUGCUGUGAAUAAGGUCUAGUAAAAGUGUUUCUGAUGUCACAAGAAAGCAUUGUGUGAGGAACAGGGCGAAAAGUGUGUGUUAAAGGGUAACUAAACCCCUGCUCAGAGUCUGACUCCACCCACUAGCAAUAUUUGGAAAAUGCUCGAAAAGUGGGCAGACCCCAGCGGGAAUAGAG